AUGUCCAAUGAACUCCCUCGCCACGAGAGGCGACCCUCGUCACCGACACAUUGUAACAGCAUCUUCAAAAGCCCUCUCGACCCCUGCGACAUGAGUAUCAAGACGUUGCUGGGCUUCAUCUCGACCCGCGUCCUCCGCGGAGGCCCGCGCUUGAUCAUCCAGCUCAUCCUCGCCGCCUUUGGGCUGCUACUUCUCGACAAGUUUCUUGCCUCCCCGACAUCGACAGACACCCUCUUCAGCUCUGGGUCACGAUGGAGUUGGUCGCCGUUCGACGAGAGCAAGGGGCAACAGGGCGUCGGCGUGAGAGUCGUGGUGUUCGGAUCACCGGACAUUGCGACACCCUCCACGGGCAAGGGUGCGAAUGGUCAGGGCUGGACCGAGCUGCUCUGCGACGAGCUCCGCUGCUCUUCUCAUCAAUCAUUCAUCCCCUCAACCAGCCUUCCCACCCAGGCCAUGACGACCACGAACCAUUACAGAGACACACUAGAAAAGAUCACCUCGAAACUCGAGCAGUCCAAACAGUCCGGCUUCGACUACAGUUUCCUGGUCGAUCAGUUCCCUCUCUCCGACGCCAUCGCCAACCUCACGUCCCAGGUCGACGCGUUCCUCGCCCUGCCCAAGCCCCAUGACGUCCCCCGCGAGACCGUCUGGGUCUUCACCUUCGGCACCUGGGACGUCUGGACCCUCGCCUCGCUGCCGCGCGAGGUAGGCGAAAGAAUCCUCGACGCAGCCGUCGAGGCCCUCUUCGCCCAGAUUGAGCGCGUCUAUCAGGCCUCCCUCGACGACGAUUCCGUCGCCUUCUCCGACUUUUGGGCCCACCAGGACACCGCCUCGCCCUUCGCGCAGCUCAAUGCCAUGGAACAGGGCGGGAACGAGGUCGACCCGCGCGAGAUCGAGAACUUCCGCGUCAUCGUGCCGGAGCUGUUCGACGUCUCCAUGACGCCCGGGUGGCAGGCCCAACGACCCGCGCCACCGCGGCCGCACAACAAGGCCGAGCAGAUGACCAACGCCGCGUACCUCACGAACAGGUGGAACUCCGAGGUCAAGAGCUGCAUGGAAGAGUGGAUGCGCACGCCGGACCCCGAACCCGAGGACGGCGAGGAGGAUGACUUCGAAUACGUCGCGACGCAUGUCCGUCGCUCCCUCAAUGAGGAUGACGCGCCCCUGGUCGUGCCGUUCCCCCGCCGUGUCGGCGCGCAGGUCGACGCUGCGAGCUUCGUCCGGGAGGCCAUCGUCGAGCGGCAGAUGCGCGACCAGGGGCUGGCGGACGCGACGGGGCGUGGCAACCGGACGAGUGGCGAGCAGGGUAACGUCUUCUUCGCCGAGACAUGGGUUCCGUGCAUCUGGGCCAACACGUCCAAGACGGCCGAGGCCGCCGACGAGUAUGCUGCGUGCGGCGCGCCGGGCGAAUACCUCUUCCACUCACCCUUCACCCUGAGCGAGCUCGCGAUUCGGGAGACGGCACGGAUCGCGGCCGCCGAGGCGCGACGCACGCUCGCGUUCGUGGACCGCACGGAGGAGGGCGAGGGCGAAGGACGAAAGCAGGGUGAGAAGAUAGAGCCGGCGGCGGCGGCGACGUCGAAGAGACGCGUGAGGAGGGGCGAGUUGAGCUGGUUCCAGCGCGUCACUCUCCCGGAUCACUCGGUGCGGCUCGUGAACGUCGCGUGCCCGUCGUUGGACGUCUGCUGA